AAACUUAUAAUAGGAAACACUUACUUUAUGCUACACUGAUAUUUUUAAUUGGAAAAUGCUAACUAACAUGGUAUUUUCUACCUUUCCCUUCCCUCAAUCAUGAAGGUGACAUGGUAGAGCAUUAUACCAGAAAACUAUUAGGUUGGUGAGUGUCACCCAGAAGCUUGCUGCCAAUUCAAUCAGUUCCAGAAUCAAAGUGAAUGCCAUUGCUCACAAUCUCAACCUUGAUCAUUCUUCCAAUCAUUCACCCUUUCACCCCAAAUAUUUUCAAAACCCUGUAACCAGAAAACCACCACAUCAGGGUUUGGGUUUGAUCCAAUGAUUGGGCGCAGAGAGCGAGAAGGACCAUUGAUGAGGAACAACAGCGCCCAUUCCCUACGCAAAUCAAAGGUCCUAACCGCCGUGGCAAUUGGGAUCCUUAUUGGAUGCAUCCUCGCUUUCCUCUUCCCAAAUGGGUUCUUCAUUUCUGAUUCUGUGACCCCAAAUCGCCCUCACACCGGAUCCAAGACCCAGGAAAAUUCAGCUGGAUGUGAAUCUUCAGAUCGGGUCAACAUGUUAAAAUCAGAGUUUGUGUCAGUAUCAGAUAGAAACGCUCAGCUUAAGAAACAGGUGAGGGAAUUGACUGAAAGGCUUCGGCUCGCAGAACAAGGGAAAGACCAUGCUCAAAAGCAGUUUCUUGCAUUGGGUAAACAGCACAAAGCUGGACCAUUUGGCACUGUCAAGGGAUUAAGAACCAGCCCUACUGUUGUUCCUGAUGAAUCUGUGAACCCAAGGUUGGCAAAGAUAUUGGAGAAAGUCGCAGUUAACCGAGAGCUUAUAGUUGCACUUGCCAACACCAACGUGAAGGAGAUGUUAGAGGUCUGGUUCACCAACAUCAAGAAAGUUGGUAUACCUAAUUAUCUAGUUGUUGCUUUAGAUGAUAACAUUGCAGAGUUUUGUGAAUCAAAUCAAGUUCCAGUUUACAAGAGAGACCCAGAUGAUGGUAUUGACUCCAUUGGGAAAGAAGGAGGGAACCAUGCUGUCUCUGGGCUUAAAUUUCAUAUUCUCAGAGAAUUUUUGCAGCUGGGAUAUAGUGUUCUUCUAUCAGAUGUUGACAUUGUGUAUUUGCAGAAUCCUUUUGAUCAUCUAUACCGGGAUUCAGAUGUGGAGUCCAUGAGUGAUGGACAUGAUAACAAUACAGCUUAUGGCUAUAACGAUGUCUUUGAUGAACCUGCGAUGGGUUGGGCUCGAUAUGCUCAUACCAUGAGGAUAUGGGUUUACAACUCUGGUUUCUUCUAUAUCAGACCAACCAUCCCUUCCAUUGAGCUUUUGGAUCGCGUGGCAACGAGACUUUCGAAGGAGAAAGCGUGGGAUCAGGCCGUUUUCAACGAGGAACUCUUUUACCCCUCGCACCCGGGUUAUGAUGGACUUCAUGCUGCCAGAAGAACCAUGGAUAUGUAUCUCUUCAUGAACAGCAAGGUUCUGUUCAAGACAGUGAGGAAUGAUGCUAACCUCAGCAAAUUGAAACCAGUGAUCAUUCACGUGAAUUACCACCCUGAUAAGCUUCCACGAAUGAAAGCAGUUGUUGAAUAUUAUGUUAAUGGGAAACUGGAUGCUCUCAAACCUUUCCCUGAAGGCUCAGAUUAAGCAAUUGUUGAAUAUUAUGUUAAUUGUUCGAAACAGUUUUACUGUAGUUUUUUUUUUUUUUUUUCUUCUGUAACAUUUUGUUGUAUGCUAAUUCAAAAUCUUUGCUGUUUUCAAA